AUGAGUUGUCUUUCGCAAAAGUUGGCGGAGAGAGAUGCUGGGGGCAAUCCAAUUCAAGUGGGGGUCAUCGGCGCUGGGAAAUUUGGGUCUAUGUUCAUUGCUCAAGUGUUCCGCUCGCCAGGAAUCAACCUCGCUGGUGUAUGUGAUCUCAACACCGGCCGUAUCUAUGACGCCUUUAGUCGAACAAGCUAUCCGGAAAGCAGAAUCGACAUGACUGGAACGAUGGGCUUGACUGAAGGUAUUAAGUCCGGCAAGACGAUCGUCACCACUGACUCCACUGCUCUCAUCGCCCACCCCGAAAUCGAUGUUAUUCUCGAAAUCACAGGAAACCCAGCAGCUGGUGUGCGCCACGCGCUCCUAUGCUGCGAAUAUAAAAAACACAUCGUGAUGAUUAACGUCGAGGCAGACGUCCUUGCGGGACCACUCCUGGUAAGGAAAGCUAAAGAGGCGGGUAUCAUAUACUCCAUGGCAUACGGCGAUCAACCUGCCCUGAUAUCAGAGCUGGUAGAUUGGGCCAGAACCUGCGGAUUUGACGUGGUGUGUGCUGGCAAAGGCACCAAAUACCUUCCGCAGUACAAAUACUCCACUCCCGAUACGGUGUGGGACCUCUAUGGAUUCACACCUGAACAGGUAGCUAGGGAUAGCCUGAACCCACAAAUUUUCAACUCAUUUCUCGACGGGACGAAGUCAAGCCUAGAGAUGGCGGCUGUGGCCAACGGCACUGGGCUAGCUUGUCCCACAAACGGGCUGAGCUUCACCCCAUGUGGAUAUCACGAUAUGGCGAAGGUCUUGAAACCGGUCUCCGAUGGCGGCUUCAGCGAGAAGUCUGGAAUGGUUGACGUUGUGUCGUCGCUAGAGCCCGAUGGAAGGCAAGUGUUUAAAGAUGCUAGGUUUGGUGUGUACGUGGUGCUCAAGGCACCAAGUGAUUAUCAAAAGGAAUGCUUUGAGCAAUACGGCCUCGAAACCGACACCUCGGGAUAUUAUGCAACACAAUACAAACCAUUUCACCUGAUCGGGCUGGAAGUCGGAUACUCAGUGGCUUCCAUUAUGUGUCGUGGAGAGCCAACAGGCCAGACGAAGACAUUCGCAGGUGAUGUCAUUGCUACUGCAAAGCGGGACCUUAAGGCAGGCGAGGUGCUAGACGGUGAAGGCGGGUAUACUGUCGUUGGUAAGCUGAUGCCUGCAGAAGCAUCUUUGGAAAAAGGAGGUCUGCCAAUAGGACUCGCUCAUGGCUUGAAGCUCAAGAAGGAUGUUGUGAAAGACCAGAGUCUGAGCUGGGAGGAUGUCGAAUUCUCAGAAUCGUCGCAGGUUGUGGCUGUCAGAAGGGAGAUGGAAGCUGUCUUCCGCGAAGAGUUUGCAACCAAGAAACCGAAACAAAAAAGCAUCUCCAAUGGGCUGUCAAAUGGCAUAUCGGAUUGCUUCCGGAACGGGGUGGUAUAG